AUGCCUCGCAGGUUCGUUGUCGUUGGCUCUUGUUCUUGGCGGCAGCUAACCAAAUCUCUGAUGAAGAGGAAGCCCACUUUUUCUUACCCAAGCCAUAGCCACCAUUUCUUGAGCCACGUCCUUCCUUUUGGCCACGCGUCUUCUUCAUCAGAGAUUCAUGGUUUCUUUACCAGCACGUUGAGAAACACACAUCUGAAGCUGAAACCUGGAAGUCUCUUGGAAUCUAGAGCUGGGUUCUUAGAUCCUCAGCUUCUUCCUAAGCCUUGCGUUUUCACUGGGUUUCAAAAACGUAGAUGGUAUUUACUCUACACAACUGAGCUUGGAUUCUGA